AUGAGUUAAAUAUUUAAACAAUAUGAUAUAUUUCGUAUGUGGGAUACCACGCCCACGGAGGCCGCAAGUGGCCUCUAUGACGUAUUUGCGCCCUCGUAGGCCACGUGCGGCCUUCAAAUGUUUUCUGGGAUCUAGUGCAAGAAUUGAUUAAUAUUAAAAUUUUUAAAUGACUACAAAUUGGAAAUUAAAAGAAUCAAGUUGAAUAUAUGUAUGCGGGUGUGUGUAUUUACUGAUAAAUAAAAAUACCAACGGUAAAAUAUAAAUAAUUAUUGCGGCCUCCAUUAUCUUUUCCUUAACCUUACUGCGGCCUCUAAUGUAAAAAUGUUGUCCACCUAUGAUAUAUCCUCUUUUCAAAUUAUGAUGUAUAUACAGCCACUAAUGCAAGCACUUAAGUAAGGAAUUUAUCUACGAAUGCACUAUUGUUUCUGUAAUUGUCCUUUCUUUUUUUUUUUUUUUUUUCUUUUUUUCCUUUUGCCUUCAAGGACCACUUAAACAUCGUGUCAUAUACAUUUUUUUUUCUUGCUUCUUCCAGAAUUACUGUAAUUAAAAAAUAGUCCCCUCAAAUUAAAUCUUGUAUCUCCUACUUUUAAAGAGCAACAUUUUAUUCUAUCUUUCUUUGGUUUGAAUAAACUUGUUACUUAUUUUAUUUCCAAAUACACACCACGGAUAUAUUUUGUUAUCAUUAAAAAAUAUACGACUCGACGAAGCAUAAAUAUUAGCUUCUUGCCCUAUCUCAAGAUCAGCUGAACAGUGGCACAUCUUGAAGUGAGAAGCACUCUAUAUUUCACUGUCGAAGAAAUAAAAUAAAAUUCACACUCCCAUCGUGUUGUUAAUAACAAGAAGAUUAGAAACAACUUCUAUUUGGUAGUGUUAGAGAUGUUUUUUAUCUGCCAAGCUGACUUAAAGUACUAAUUUUUAGAUUCAACGUUUCCAAUUUAGCUAAGCCAACAAGACGUUUUUUUUUUACAGCUGUAAUGACAACUUUUCAGAGUGGUCCUAGGAUCGAUAUAUCAUUUCUCAAUCCGAUCGUUUAUGCUUAAAUUUCAGACCGAAUUUAAAUGUUUUUCUCUCUUUAAGGUGUAAAUAACUAAAAAUGCUUGUUGAUGCCCAUCUCUACCAGUAUAUUUUCAUGUAAAUAUUUCUUGCGCUGUUUAAGACGUCACAUUUUUCAUCAAAUUUAAAUUUAGGAGAGAAAGAGAUUCUUUAUAGCCUUAGGAAGGUCUAAGGCCCUUUCUUACAUAGAGGGAGAGAGAGAAGUAUAAUAUCGAUUAUAUAACAUUGACCAAAGCCAUUAACGAAAUUAUAGUAGAUGAUCUAUUCUGAAAUCGUAUUAUUUCUUCUUCAUAUUUCAUUUUCAAUUUAUAAGAGGUCAAUUUCUUAUUCAGCCCAUAGCAUUCUAAAUCAUUCAUUGUUGUUUUUAGGCAGUCAGAAUAAAUUGCUAUUUGACCAAAUAAGAUGGGCGACAUCACAUUACUUUAAGGCAACAAUCAUUGGCUAUAUAUAUAUCUCUGAUAUAUCAGGCAGUUUUAUAAGAAGUCCGAGGCAGUUCCUUUUCAUGCAACAAACAUGGCAGUGUCUCCAGCCGCCAUUGCAGAAGCCGAACUGGCAAACAUCUUCAAAAGAGUUCACUUUUCGUCCAAAAUACUUGCAGCUUUCCCGUUUAAAUUGAAGGGCCGGGCUUACAGCAUUUCUCCCUUGGAAAUGCUGUACUCCAUCAUCACCCUCACGGUGUACGGUUACAUCGCGGUAGUCACGGGGUUCGACCGCAUCAGGGAAAACACGAACCUCAUGAUGAUACUUUCAUCCGCAUUACCACAUCAAACCGUAUUUGCCAUCCUAUUGAUAAAUAUAAUAUGGCUCGCUUAUAACAUGAAAACUAUGUCUACCGUUUUCCAAUCCCUUUUGCAAAUCCAAAUAAAAACGCCUGUUGCAUUAAAUUUCAGACACAGGUACAUGAUGCUGUUCAGUACAACGUUUGGUGUAAUAUUGGUCUCCACAUAUAUCUACUAUAGGAAGAACUAUUUCACUAAAGAUUAUGGAAGCAUCGUUUUCGUGUUUCUGGUUACUUUUGCGAUCGUGGAUCAGUUCUCGGCUCUUCUGGCAGUGGCCAGGCUCUAUUACGAGCACAUCUGCGACAAGCUCACGAACCAGAAUGCAGAGCAGUUCACUGAUAUCCAUGACCUUCUGGCUCAGUGCUGCAUCGCUAUCAACGACUGCUACUCUCCGCAACUCCUUUUGGUCUCUUUGGCUACUGUAGUAUACAACGUGUCCUUGCUCUACAUCACGAUUGACGAAUUCAAAGGACAGGGAAAGUUUAAUGUCCCAUGUGUCUUGGCAACGUUGAUGUUCUUCGCCAUCGUCAUGCAUUUCACAAGAAGUUGCAGGCUGACGAAAAUUCAAUCAGAAAGAUUCAAUAAACUCCUCUACAGACUUAUCAUAAACGAAGAAUCAAGAGAACUAAUGAGAAAUAUGGUGUCUACUGCAACAACUUACAUUCUUAUUCUGGUUCAGUUUUCUAAUGAGAAGUAAUUUAUCUCCAGUUUUUACACAAUGUCCUCAUAAGGAUUUAGUCUUGCUUUAAAACACAUUACUGUGGUGUGAAAAACACAAAAUGGAUCUUAUUCAAAAUAAAUAUUUUAUCCAAUAAUACUUUGUGCUGUUUAGAUAUUGGGUUUAUGAACCGUUAGCAAAUAAUAGACUUGCUUAGUUUUAAGGUCGUGAAAGAUUUGGUGUCUUUAUAAAUGUUUCAUGUCAAACUUUGUCUAACAUUGAUGCCAAUUUCAUUAUACGAGUACAUUCAAAACUCAUAUUUAAAAAAUUUCUAAUUUUCACCAAUUAUUAAGUUAUACCAUACCAUACUAUCUGGAUAAUAUAAGAAACUUUAAUUUUUGUUUUAUACAACACAAACCAAAAAGGCUAUUUUUAAAAAUCAUAACAUAUUUUAACAAUUAACUAGCGUUAGAAGAUGUUAAUUCAUUAAUAUUAAUGAUAUAACCACAGAGAUUGGAUUAUCAUGCAGUAACAUAUUUAGUUUUCUUUUUUUUUUUUUUUGUUCU